UCAGGGUCACAGUCUGGGGACAGACAGCAGGACAGAAGUCGUAAUGUGGCGACAUAUCUUGGACAAUGGCAGGUUGGUCGUUAAUGAGCACUGGCCUGGCAGUGUUGUAGUCCCAGCUGCUAUUGGGAUUGGGGGUGCCCUGGCUUGCUGGAUAUUGAGAGGACGGAAGAAAAAGUCUAUUGAUUUGGGUGAUGGGUGGUGGGGACAAGGCCUGAGACCUCAUCUACAACUUGAGGACACCAGUGUGCGACCUUUUCAUAUCGAGAUUUCAGAUGCUGAUAUUAAGGACCUUUAUGACCGUCUGGAUCGAACUCGCUUCUUUCCACCUCUGGAGGAUUCUAAAUUUCACUAUGGUUUUAACUCUACUCACCUCAGGAAGGUUGUCUCCUAUUGGAGGAACCAGUUUGACUGGAACAAGCAGGUGAAGAUCCUUAACAGAUAUCCCCACUAUAAAACCACCAUUGAAGGUUUGGAGGUGCACUUUAUCCAUGUGAAACCACCACAUCUUGGUCCAGGACAGAAAGCCUGUCCUCUCCUCAUGGUUCAUGGUUGGCCUGGAUCUUUCUAUGAGUUUUAUCACAUUCUCCCAUUGCUGACCGAGCCAGCCAAGCACGGCCUGAACCCAGACCUGGUGUUUGAGGUGAUUUGUCCAUCUAUCCCAGGUUAUGGCUUCUCAGAGGCGUCACACAAGAAAGGGUUUUCUGCUUUCGACGCUGCCAGAAUCUUCUAUAAGUUAAUGAUCAGACUCGGAUUCCGGGAAUUUUACCUGCAGGGGGGCGAUUGGGGCAGCAGAAUCACUACCCUCUUAUCACAGAUGAAACCAGAAUCGGUCAUGGGUCUCCAUCUGAAUUUUGCCAUGCUUCCUAAGGGAGGAUUUGGAAUGCUUUUAUCUUUGGCUUUAGGUCGAUAUUUCCCAUGGUUAGUAGGCUUGACAAAAGAAGACGUACGACGCAUAUAUCCUUACUUUGAGAAGAAUGUGUACGCACUUCUGUUGGAGUCAGGAUACCUGCACAUCCAGGCAACCAAACCUGACACCGUAGGGUCUGCUCUGAAUGAUUCUCCAGUUGGACUGGCUGCAUACAUCUUGGAGAAAUUCUCUACUUGGACAGACAAUGAGUUCCGGGAUUUAGAAGAUGGCGGUCUAGAAAGGAAAUACUGCCUGGAUGACCUCCUCACCAACGUGAUGAUCUACUGGACUACAGGGUCCAUAACGUCUUCCAUGAGAUUCUACAAAGAGAACUUUCCUCGAAACUACGACCAAACUCCAGAUGUCAAGCUGGGCGUUUAUGUUCCCACUGGUAUCGCUGCUUUUCCCUGUGAGCUGGUGCAUGCGCCGCGUGUCUGGGCAAAACACAAGUUUAGGAACAUUGCGACCUACACCUACAUGCCCAGAGGGGGGCAUUUCGCUGCCCUGGAGGAACCUGAGCUACUGGCCCGAGAUAUCCAGAACUUCGUCUCCACUGUAGAGAAGAGAUAAAGGGGGGAACAUGGAGAUAAUGUGUACACCGACACACCAUGCACUAAAAGAUAUAGAAUUAUAAUUGUAUGUUUUUUAUGCGCCAAGCUUAUUCAUCCAGCAAACAGAAUCCCACAUCUGACGUGUACCAUACCGUCCAAGAAUUCUUCUCGCAGUGAGACAGUCCUACAUUUCACCGCCAAUCACCCAUUUAUAUUUACUUUCCUUGAUUAUAUCCUGACAGCAAUAAAGCCCAUUAAUGUGAUCACUCUAUAAAGUGAUCACAAGACUCCACAGAAAUAAUGAAAAAUAGUUACAUAUGUAGAUUUAAAAGAAUUUAGUUUUUUUUAGUAUCAGACACAUACACACACACACACUGACCCAUGCCGACACACACUGACCCACGCCGACACACACUGACCCACGCCGACACACACUGACCCACGCCGACACACACUGACCCACGCCGACACACACUGACCCACGCCGACACACACUGACCCACGCCGACACACACUGACCCAUGCCGACACACACUG